UUUCCGCCGCCAGGGCCUUCCUCGUUGUGCGGCGGCCUGAUUUGAUGACGUAAGCGCACGCGCCGGAAGUUAUAGUCGCCCGAGUGCCGAGCGUUGGAUUCCGCGCUGUUUGUAGUUGUGUACAACGCUAAAGCUGGCUCUCACGGCGAAACUGGAGAAGAUGGCGGUGGAAUCGCGGGUGACGCAGGAGGAGAUAAAAAAAGAACCGGAGAAGCCCAUAGAUAGGGAGAAGACCUGCCCUCUUCUCUUGAGGGUUUUCACAACAAAUAAUGGGAGACAUCAUAGGAUGGAUGAAUUUUCUCGGGGAAACGUGCCAUCCAGUGAGCUACAGAUCUACACCUGGAUGGAUGCCACUCUCAAGGAAUUAACAAGCUUAGUUAAAGAAGUUUACCCAGAUGCUCGGAAAAAAGGAACUCAUUUCAACUUUGCUACUGUCUAUCCAGAUCCAAAGCGAUCAGGCUACAGGGUGAAGGAGAUCGGGAGUACAAUUUCAGGCAGGAAGGGUUCUGAUGACCCCAUGACACUUCAAUCACAGAGAUUUCAGAUCGGAGAUUAUCUGGACAUAGCGAUCACACCUCCAAACAGAGCUCCGCCUCCUUCAGGGCGCAUGAGACCCUAUUAAUACACAUUUGAAUUUAAUUUUUCUAAAGUGGACUUUAGAAAAAGUGGUUUUGUGAAAUGUUUUAAGGUCCUGAAAAAGCAACACUCUUCAGUUUCAAUUAAUUUGAUCUUCUGCAUUUUAAAAUCUUAUAAAGCGUUUUUUGUUUUUUUUUUCUUAAA